AUGGCAGAGACGGUUUUAGUCCUUGCAUAUGUCGCUAGAGCAAGUCGGAGAGGAUGUGCCCAGCUUGGGGUUGGGUCACGGAUCUCCAAUCCUGCUCAGCUCAUGCGUGCAUGCGGGCGUACGUUGAGGAGUGCUGGUCUUGGGUUUGCCUGGACCUUGUGCACAAAAACAGCCUGGGAGUUGGAUAAGGAUCACACAUUUGUCUGGUGGAGAUUUUUUCCAGCUCCUUUUGGUGACUUUAAGGCCAAAAUAAGAUUGGAUUUAGAUUGA